AUGAUGGAGUACAUGGAGGAUAAGUUCGCCUUGAAAAGCCAAGCGAUGAAGGCCAGCGAUUACUACAUGGACCAAGUCAUGGAGAGCCUGGAUAGCGCGCAGUACUUCACCAAGUCUUCCCCCAAAUGUGUGCAGGCCUUCGGGCUGCAGAGCGCCGAGCACCGCUCCUCGCCCUGCGGAGACCAGAACGCCAGUUACGGUGUGCCAAAAACAGACGACGACACUUUGCACUCGGACCUCGGCAGGUCGAUGGACAAUUGUUGCACUCUGCGGGCGUCUCCGGUGACAACCGGACAGGAGAAAACCGAUUUGGACGACAUGGGAGACAAGUGUGACAGCAACGUGUCCAGCAGCAAGAAGAGGAGACACCGGACGACCUUCACCAGCGCGCAGCUGGAGGAGCUGGAGAAAGUGUUUCAGAAAACUCACUAUCCAGAUGUUUAUGUGAGGGAACAGCUGGCCAUGAGGACGGAAUUAACAGAGGCGAGAGUGCAGGUGUGGUUUCAGAACAGAAGAGCAAAGUGGAGGAAAAGAGAGCGCUACGGACAGAUCCAACAGGCCAAAACUCACUUUGCAGCAACCUACGAUUUAUCUGUGUUACCGAGGACGGACAGCUACGCACAGAUCCCAAACAACCUGUGGCCAAGCCCGGCUCCCGGUGGCUCCGUGGUCUCCUCCUGCAUGCUGCCCAGAGGUUCCCCUCCCUGCGUCACGUCUUACUCACACUCCCCUCGCUCGGCUGCCGGUGCUGCUGACCACGGCUAUGUGGGCUUCCCCAAUCAGCAGAACCAGUUUGGCCACGUCUCUCUCAACAAUUUCUUCAGUGCAGACUCCCUCCUCACGCCGGCUGCAAACAGCCACCCGGCCUUUGAGACGAAGCCUGAGUUCGAGAGGCGCUCAUCCAGCAUCGCUGUGCUGCGCAUGAAGGCCAAGGAGCACACCGCCAACAUCUCCUGGGCCAUGUGAUCAGCGUUCCUGUGAAUGUCUGGAAAGUCUGGAUAAUGAAUGAAAAAAUAAUUUUUUAGAGUUUCCAAUUUUUACAAAAUGUAGGAUUUCCCUAAAGAGCCUGAAAUCAUAUUCACAAAAAGCUGUUUGUCACUCACAGUGAAGAUCAAACACUUUUUUGUCCUCUUUUUAAAAAAAAUCUACAUCAAACUCUGACCAAUUUUUAUCUGCUGAGUCAAGCAACUCCAUGUGUUAGAUAAUAAUGUACCAGGAUUUAUGGGUCUCUGCAUAUUUGAAUAGCAGCAAGUCAAUAAGCUCAAGCUGGGAGCAAAAACUUAAAUAGCUAAGAUGUGAAAAUCAGCUGUGGUUGUAUAAGUAGGGCAGAGCAGGACAGUCAUUAAAAAGAGUCUUGCAGCAAGCUGACAGGACAGUUUGUUUUGAAAGUGGGAAACCCUAAUAUAGUCAAAGCAAUAUAUCCCUAUCAUUCAGAGUUUCAGGGUAAUGUCUGUCAUUUCUUUAGUCCACAAAAUGUCCUGUCUGGUCCGAAGAGAUGUUUGAUGAGCGCUUGUGGAGGAGAGAGCUGUGAUAUGCAGAAGCUCUCUUCACUGUUGGAUGUUGGGGAGUAAAAAAGUGAGACAGUAAAAACUAAAGGCUCCAGUGGGAUUCAAUCCCAGUGUGGACUCAUGUGGAUCCUGAGGGAGGGGUCCCAAACCACUUCAGUAUUCCUAAGCACUGUGAGUAAGCUUUCUGUACCUGCGUUUUUAUUCCUCCUCCCUCGUUCCGGCUCAGGACGGAAGAUGAGCAGGGCGGAGAAAAACUGACUUGACGUACUAACGUGUCUGUGUGCUUUGCAGCGAAGCUCUGUAAUCUCUGUUUUUUCUGCCUUUGUGCUGUAUCACAGGCACACAAUGCAGGCUAAGGAGGUGGGCUUUUGAAUUGUGUUUGUGUUUAAAUCUACCUGGUGGAAGUAUAAUAAAUGAAUGUCAGUUGA